CGCGUUUGGAGACGGGAAGCUGCGUGGUGCGCACCUCCCCUCUCCAUAGCGCAGAGAGCCUCCUCUCGCUUUACGGAGCCUGCUUGCAAUUCCUGCUCUCCGUGCCAGAGCAUGCAGCUGUCUCCGUCGCGUCCCUCUGCCGCCGUUGUGGGAAACCUUCGCCCCGCGUGACCAACCAUGGGCAGACUAUUUCCCCUUGAAGUUUCAACGCGAAACUGAAGGAUUUCGCAACUUUGGAACAAUUUGCAACACAGUUCGGUCGCUUAUUGAAGACACCCGACAGCUCGUAAUCUCCCGUCGGCGUGUUGACAAAAAUCUUUGCAACUGUGAAGGCUAUAGGAAUGUGGAAUACAGGUCUAUCUCAGCGUAACAGGACCUGCCUCUGCCCCUGACACCAUGACCACAGACCUGAACUUGACCUCCAUGCUGAAUGUGACAGAUCUCCACAAUCACACGAGAGGAUGUUCUCUCACCAGGACCGGCUUCCAGUUCUACUACCUGCCCACUGUCUACAUCAUGGUCUUCAUCACAGGGCUGGUGGGCAACAGCCUAGCCAUAUGGAUGUUUGUGUGUCACAUGAGACCCUGGAGCAGCAUCUCCGUCUACAUGUUUAACCUGGCUCUGGCUGACUUCUGCUACGUCCUCUCUCUGCCCUUCCUCAUCUUCUACUACUUCAACAAAACAGACUGGAUAUUCGGGGAUGUUAUGUGCCGACUGCAGCGUUUCAUAUUCCAUGUUAAUCUUUACGGUAGUAUUCUGUUUCUGACCUGCAUCAGUGUUCACAGGUACACCGGGGUUGUGCACCCGCUCAAAUCUCUGGGCAGACUGAAAAAGAAAAAUGCGGUUAUUACCAGUGCGUUGGUGUGGGUGGUGGUUGUUAUAGCUAUCUCCCCCAUCCUGUAUUAUUCUAGGACGGGCUUAAAGCGUAAUGCGACCACUUGUUAUGACACCACCACUGAGGAUGAGUUACCUGGUUAUUUUAUCUACAGCAUGACUUUGACUGUGUUCGGGUUCUGCAUCCCGUUCAUUAUCAUAUUCUGUUGCUAUGGCAUGAUCGUCAAAGCGUUGAUCUGCAAUGAUAUGAACAACGCGCACUUGCGGCAGAAAUCGAUCCACCUGGUUAUCAUCGUGCUCGCCGUCUUCGCCGUCUCCUACCUGCCUUUCCACGUGAUGAAGAACCUCAACAUGAGGGCCAGGCUGUACUUCCAGGGCCCUGACAUGUGUGAUUUUAACAACCGUGUCUACGCAACUUACCAGGUGACACGGGGGCUGGCUAGCCUCAAUAGCUGUGUGGAUCCUAUUCUUUACUUCCUGGCUGGAGAUACUUUCAGGAGGAAGCUGUCACGGGCCACUAAAAAGCCCUCCAGGAAGGGGGACAAUGUCCUGCAGUCCAAGAGCGAGGAGACGGCUCUCAACAGCCUGGCGGAGUAUGUGGAGAACGGGGACCGUAGGCUGUGACAGGGCUCCUCUGUCUGCCUGAGUCAUGGGGUGUGGAUCUCUGUUAGCUUUAGAUACCAUGAUGGACUUUGUACUUAACAAGUAAAUGCACUGUGUGGGAUUAAAUGCUGUGUGUUAAACUUGAUGGCCGAUGGUUUAUGGAUUUGUAGGAUAAAUACUCCAUUUAACCCUGUAAUAACCAUCGCUUUCCUGCAGCCUGUCCAUGUUGAUAAGCUAUUGUACUGUAUUGUCCUGUACACGUAUUGUACUCUGAGUGUUCGAGACAUCACUCUUCAUUCUUAUUGAGUAGUCGGUUACACUUUGGAAAAAUAUAUUAUGAUAAUCAGGCGAGCUGGGGUAAAUAGCUCUCCCUUUUGAGCUGUAAUCUUCCGUUUAUCAAUUUGUUCUGAAAAAAUAGGACUGAGAACGGAUUGCAACCUCCUCAAGCCUCCGAGCUGAUGCUUCAUCAAUAGCUAUUAAACAGGUGGGAGCUUGUGAUUAAGGACGUGUACCUGCGAUGGCUUUUAGAGGAUGAGGUAAAUGCACUGAACCUGCGAUUGCUGCAUGGAUGUGCCGUGCAGACAUUAUAAUGCACUAUGACCGGGGACGCUGCUCAGAGGGGCCACCAAUCACUCAGCAUUUCUUUGUCCAUCUACUACUGGCUUGGCGAGGAAUGUGGUCGACUAGUUUUUCAUUCUGACAGCUCUGAGGUUAAGGUCUGCAACGGCUCUGUUACCACACUUUUUCUCUCCUUGUUAACGUAUUAGUCAUAGAAAAAUAAGAGAAGGUAAUACAUUACAGUAUUCUGUGUAUAUAAUACUCCAAUGAAUGUUAAUUUUGACGUGUGCUGUACAGGAUGUUGUGAUGUUCCAAAUUUGUUUGUGUUGUUGACUGUUGUUCAUAUCAGUAUCACUAAUCCAGACAUUUAGUGCAUGAGUCCAGUAUUAAAGACCAUCAGUGAAAUGCUGACUAACUGCAGCCGGUCCUAACUAUUCUAGUGUUUAGUGCAACUAAGGGAAUGCAUAAUGUCUUUUUAAUGAGCGUAAUAGACACACACACUCAAUCACCUGCUUUGUCACUACCAACACAUUGAAGAUUUUUGUAUGAGAUACCUCAAAGUAAAUACUGCACUGUGUCCGUGUUUUGACAGAUGAUCAUUUCUCUUUUGCAUCUGUUGUAAUUACUCUGGAGAAAUGAUUGUGGCGCUCUCUCUGUGUACCCUGGUGUAUGUAGGUGUUUGAUGUAAUACCUUUGCAAAUCUGUAAUGGGGUCAGCUAUUGUCAAGAAAGGAAGUGAAUCACCUGUACAGGGUAUUUGGGGCCACGUGUAUCUUUGUCAUUAAAUUUUUAUAUUUAUAACACGC